CUUAGCAAGAAGAGAGCACGUUGACAUUGCAUUGGCCUCAGACUGAUUCAUCGAUUACAUUCGCCUUUUACAACGUAGAUAUUCGGUCUAAAUUUAACAGCAAGGGGCGAUACUGUCGGGUUUAUCGCAGGGAUAAUAGUUAAGGGUUUCAUCAUGGGUUCAGUGUUGCCUGCAGAUGCUCUGGUACUGAAGGCUGGAUUUAAGCAGCAGACUCUGGCCCUGUCCGACAUCAUCACAUCAGACAUCCUGCACAGUUUCCUGUACGGCCGCUGGAGGAACGUCCUGGGCGAACACCUGUUCGAGGAGAAGACCAGCACUGUCAGCCCCAAAACUGCCUUCACCGCCGAGGUCCUGGCGCAGUCCUUCUCCGGAGAGGUCCAGAAACUCUCCAGUUUAGUGCUGCCAAGUGAAGUCAUCAUUGCGCAGAGCUCAAUCCCUGGAGAAGGACUUGGCAUCUUCUCCAAGACCUGGAUAAAAGCUGGCACCGAGAUGGGUCCCUUCACAGGCAGGGUCAUUUCACCCGAGCAUGUGGAUCUCUUCAAGAACAACAAUCUAAUGUGGGAGGUUUUCAAUGAAGAUGGCACGGUGCGCUAUUUCAUCGAUGCCAGCCAAGAGGAUCAUCGCAGCUGGAUGACUUACAUCAAAUGCGCCCGCAACGAGCAAGAACAGAACCUGGAGGUCGUGCAAAUCGGAAGCAGCAUAUUUUACAAAGCAGUAGAGACAAUACCUCCAGAUCAAGAACUGCUUGUGUGGUAUGGAAAUUCCCACAACACCUUCCUGGGUAUCCCAGGAGUCCCUGGCAUAGAGGAUGAACAGCAGAAGAAUAAAAAAACUGAUGAAUUCCACCUGUGCGACACCUCCUCCACUGCCUCGCUCUCUACCGCCAGCCGCAUGCGCUGCGUCAUCUGCCACCGUGGCUUCAACUCCCGCAGCAACCUGCGAUCCCACAUGCGCAUACACACUCUGGACAAGCCCUUCGUCUGCCGUUUCUGCAACCGCCGCUUCAGCCAGUCCUCCACCCUCCGUAACCACGUGCGCCUCCACACGGGCGAGCGCCCCUACAAGUGCCACGUCUGCCAGAGCGCGUACUCCCAGUUGGCAGGGCUGCGAGCGCACCAGAAGAGCGCCAGGCACCGGCCGGCCAGCACAGGGGCUGUAGUAGGUCUGCAGGCCCAUUCGCCACCUCCUCCACCUCCUCAGCUGGCACAGGUUCCUCACCCGGCCUCACUGGUGCAUCACAUACCCACUAUGGUGCUAUGAGAAGACAUAAAGCGUCUUAGAUGUUUGCAAUCUCACAGGCUGUUCUCCAAGUGCUGCCAGCUCAGGUAUAGGAAUCCGGCUAUGCCUGAGUACUCUCACUUUUAACGGAUACUUUGCAGUUCCUUAAAGGUGUAGAAGUGGUCAGAUAGGAUGAACGACGCCUGCAGAACUCAGUUAUGACAGCACUGGCCAUGGAAGGGCUGUUUUGUAUGUUCAUGUUGAAUUCAUUUCCAGAACUACUGUACACGCACUGAUGGAUGCGGAUCUGCCGCAUUAUAACACUAUCAUUUAAGUUGAUCAGUAGUCAGUGUAUCUUUUAUUCAUAUUUGCAUGCAAAAGUAUUGUUUUGUCCCAUUCCAGUAUGGAUAAAGCCACAUCACCCCAUUCGCUUUAGCCACUAUGAAGGAUCCAGUGGGAUCAAGCACCACUUAGUGACUGAUUUGUGUCACUGCAGCCCAAUCAGAGCAGUGGGUCUUGAAGCAUGUUUUAUUGUGAAUGAACAAAUGAAGUAUGUAAAGGAAUGUACAUAGGAGUUGAAGAUUUACUUCCAAAAACAUGGAAUAGUCACUUUAUCUGUGUAUGUAUGUAAAGCUUAAAGUAUUAUUACAAAACUUGGUUCUAUUAUAUUAUGUAUACUAUGUUUGCUUAUAUAAAAUUAUUUGGGUAUUCACUUGUAUGCUCAAUAAAUAAUUAACAAAUCUCA